UUUUCUCAGUCGCGAAGUUAUGAACGACGCGUUAUAACGUUAUACAUAGCGCAUCGAGAAAAACGUAAUAUCGUGGAAACGCAGUAUCGCGCGAGAUAUUGACAUCGAAGCUGCGACAAUUGUAUACUUUUGGUGCUUCAACGUCGAUCUCGCCAUGAGUCGCUUGUGAUAUAUCGUAUAUUAUAGCUUUUGCCAAAGUUUCGCCAAGUGUAAGUGCUGAGCGUUUACUAAUGAACGAGUCCGCAAAAUGGAGAGUGACACAUUACUGCUGGUCAACGAAAGGCCGGGAAUGCCCAACAUCCUCGGCAAGGGACGGCGCAUUACCGAUUCGACCUACAUCUAUACCCUGACGAUCACCGUCUGCUUCUGGAUUGCCCUGCUGAUAUUCGCUCGAGUGACCGGCAACAGCGAUAAAAUACUGUCGGAGGAUUUAUCGGCAAAAAUCGUCGCUACGCUCACCGUAUCCAGAAUUUUCACGAUAAUCGGCUUCACGCUCGUGGCGGGACUGUGCUGCCUCGCUUACGUGGCGAUCUUGCGCAAGGUCGGCCACUUCGUCAGCCUCGUGUUUGGCGUUUCCUGGCUGCCCUUCGUCGCCAGCGUCAUCUUCCUCGCCACCUGGCCGAAUUUCUUCACCCUCUACGGCCUGCUGACGACCCUCUGCAGCGCCAUCAUCACCCAGGUGCUAAUACACUCGGAAUGGUUCUAUCUGCCGGAAGCCAUAAUACGAGAGACAUGCAGAUUUCUCAGGGCCAACGGUCGUUUGGUCAUGUUCUCGCUGAUGUGGUACAAGCUGUGCCUGCUCGUGGUCACCCUCGGCACUUUCGGCCACCUCUACCUUCAGACCUUGACCGUGCUCGACGAGGACGGCCUCGAGGAGUUGCCGAUCUACGUCAAGGUGCUGACUCUGCUCAACGUCAUGAUCACGCAUUGGGUCACCUGGGUGUUUCUCAACUUCGGCCAGAUGGUCAUUGCCGGGACGAUGGCCACUCGUUUCUGGGCCUCGAGGAACGACAAAGCGGUGGAGCCAGCCGAAGCCGAUAAUAGAAAUAAAAACGUCGUCGGCGAGUGCUUCAAGCUCGUCGGCAAGUAUCACAUAGGCACGGCUGCCAAUGGCGCCUGGAUAUUCGGCACUUUCUACAGCCUCAUGACGCUCGCUCGUGUGCUCGAGGAAAAGCUGAGGGAGAACCGGCGCAACAAGAAGCUCUGGUGGCUCGUCGUGGCGAAUCUCUUCGACGCGGUGGUGCUGCGCUUCACCAUGUGCAGCGCCGUGAGCGUGUGCGCGAUACACGCCCAAAACUACGAGAAGUCCGUGGCUAUAGCCGUGGGCCAUCUGACCAGACACACGAGAAAGUGUCUUCUCAUCGCCAAGAUGACCGAGUGGAUCCUCCUGAUCGGCACGAUGACCAUCUACUUCCUCCUUCUCAUACUCACUCUGGGCUCGGUCGAUCCGGAAAUCGACCCGGAGGAGUUCAACGUGAUCGUCGCUUUCAUCGCCGCGGGCUCGCUCAUGUUCAUUCUGCCGACUUUCGCCAUGCUCUCGACGGGCUUCAACGCGCUGCUGCUCUGCAUCCUCGAGGACGAGGACUUGAACGACGGCAGCCCCGACAAACCCUACAGAAUGAACGAGGAGCUGCGCGAAGCCAUGGCCAGAUCGGGACCCCCCACCUGGUAUCGACAAUGUUAUUGAGAAUAAUGUUACGAUGUAGUCGAAUUGUGCUAUUGUUGUAUUAACGACGUUCUUAUUGAAAUUUCAUGUAAUAACGAUCGAUUAUUAUUUGUAUUGUAUAAAACUGUUUUCUAACUCGUA